AUGGUGAGAAGCAAGAAGAGCACGGUACAAAUUGGAGCUGUUAGAAAAUGGAAACUUGGCUCACUGGACAUAAGUGAAAAGGAUACAUGGUCAAAUUUGGGGAAAAUCUGGGAUAUAAACAAACAUCCUUCAGCAGCUGUUUUAAGCGCAGUCGGUAGAGGAAGGGAGGCAUGCUUCUUCCUGAUGAGUCUUGGAUCUCUGUAUGGUGGAUUGAAUCCUAUCAUUGCAUGCUGUCUAUGGAAGCGGAUUGGUAUUCCUAAAUUUCUUUACGGAUUCGAACUUUGGAAGUUGAGAAAAAAACGAUCUUAUUUAGUUGGAACGGGUUCAAACUAUUUAUAUUCGUAUUAUGCAGGGCCUCCACCUUGGCACAUCUGCUCGGUAGCAAGGGUACUCUUGGGAAUGUUAUCAAUCGAAGCCGACAUUGAUAGGCGUAAACUUUAUUUCCUGGGAAGGCUGAUAAAUAUUAGUGCUGGUGUACUAUGCCGACGUGUUUUGUUCAUCAGAUUGGCUCGUUGGAAAUGGAAUCAUAGGAACAGCAUGACCGGCUUUGUUCCGGAGAUAGUGAGUGUUUUGACAAAAUAUGACCUUUUGGAUUAUUUGAUGGAAUUUGUCUCAACAAACUGUUUUCCGACAAAGAAGAAUUGGAAGAAAAUUGUUAACCGGCGUGAAUAUGAAAAACACAAUUGCGUUUGGCAAGAGAAAAUUAAUAGAAACAAACAGUUAUAUGUCUAUUCACAGGUCAAUACCAACAACAAAAUUUCUGAAUGGUGGCUUCUCGCAAAAGAGUAUCCCAAGAACCGUCUUGAAAUAACUAAUGUCAUAAGAUUGCUCUGUGGAUCAUAUAAGAUCAUGGGAAAACGUGUUUGUAACCCAGUUGUAUAG